CGCGCGGGCGCCGGCGGCGCGGACGGGGGCCGACGGAGAGCGGGCGGCGUGCACGGGCAGCGGCGGGGCGCGGGCGGCGCGGACCCGGGGCAGCGAGCAGGUCGCGGGCGGUGUGGACGGGGAGUGGGAAAGCGGGCCGCGCGAACCGGGGGUUGUGGACCCGGGAGCGGACGGCGGGGGCUGGGCAGCAGGUCGUAAGCUGUGUGGACCGGGAGUGGGAGAGCGGAUGAUGUGGAUUGGAGAGCAGCGAGGCGUGGAUGGUGAUGCGGGGGGCAAGGGCGGCGUGGACGGAGAGCGGCAGGGAGCAGGCAGUGUAGACCGGGCUUGGGAAAGUGAGUGGUGUGGCUCCCGGAGCGGGCGAUGUGGAUCGGGUAGUGGGAAAGCGGGCGGUGAAGACAGGAGAGUGGCGAGGCGCCAGUGGUUGAUAGAGGAAAAGGGCGGCGUGGACGGAGAGCGGCAGGGGGCAGGCGGCUUAAACCCGGAGUGGGAGAGUGGGUGGCGUGGCGCCGGGAGCGGACGGUGUGGAUGGCGAGGCGGAGGGCAGGGGCGGCGUGGAUCCGGACCGGCCUGGGAGAAGCGGGGCUGGCUCUGCUGCCCCUUCCCCGGAGGCGUGGCUGGUGUGACCCUGGCAGCGACGCAUGACCAUUGCAAAUAUCGAUUCUACCCCUGUGCUGCACAAACCCACAGCCCACAGCUCCCGGGGCCCCUAAAGUUCCACUGAUAAACUGCAAGAAGGGACAAGCAGAUGGAAAAAGAAUUUGAAAUUGACAUCAGACAGGACUCAUUUGCCUCCUACACGGGAAGCUCCUAGGAAUCAACGGGAAAAAGGUAAAGAACCCAAUAGAAAAACGGACAGUUCCCAGUAGAGGAAAUACAAUGGCUCAGGGCGCCUGGGCGGCCCAGUGGUUAAGCCUCCAAUGUCAGCUAGGGUCGUGAUCUCUCGGUCGUGGGUUCCAGCCCCGCGUCGGGCGCUGUGCUAAAAAUUCGGAGCCUGGAGCCUGC